ACAAAACAAAACAAAAACCCAACAAGUCGCUGUUCAUUAUUUGAGAAGAAAAAUGAAUUAAAGUUAUUGCUGGUACAGGAAUAUGUUUAGUUAUUUUAUAUACUACAAGGUCAACCUAGGUUGGUGAACAUAAUUAAAAUUCUUCAUUAAAACAUCGUGUCUGUCUGUCUUUAAAUGCCUUCUCCUAUAGCUCUCCACCUUACCAUUUGAAAGGUGUCUCGGUGAACCUAAAACUUGACAUUUCAGCUGUACUGACUGGCCAGUAAGGUCCAGGGAUCUCCCUGUCUCUGUCUAGCUCUUUGUGCUGUAUUUAUAGGCAUGUGUCACCACACCUGUCCUUUACCUGGGUGCUAAGGAUUCAGACUCAGGUCCUUAGGCUUUUGUGACAAGCACUAUACUCAUCAACCAUCUUUGUACCCACAACAUGCUUGUUUUCUUCCUUCUUUCCUUCGUCUCCUUUUUUUGAGAACUGCAUAUAUAUAUAUAUGUAUAUAUAUAUAUAUAUAUAUAUAUAUAUAGUGUUCUGAUCAAAUCCGCUAUCAUUCCCUCCCCUCCAGUUUCUCCCUUAUUUCUCUCAGCAGUUCUUCUCUGUCAACUUCUUUUUUUUUUUUUGUGAGCAGCCAUGUGGAUGCUGGGAACUGAACUCGGGUCCUCUACGAGAGCAACAAGUGCUCUAACCACUGAACCAUCUCUCUCCACACACACCCCCACCCCUGUCAACUUCUUGUCUCCUAUCUUUUCUUAAAAACGUAUCAAGUCCACUUAGUGUCGCCUAAAAUGUUUUUAAAGAACAAUAAAAUUAUAGAAUAUAAGUUACAGCUUUAUUAUAUCAUAACUUUCACAAAUAUUUAUUGGUCACUGAACAUAAGUAAGUACCACUUAUAGAAAGGUAUUUAUUUAACGUGUGAGUCCUGCUUUUGAGGGACUCGUACGCCUAAUGGGAAGACAAACGCAAUGACAACUUGACUAUGGGGUAAUCAAUACAAAUUACUAAGUCACUUGCCUUGGAUUUUCUCUGUGGUCCACGUUUACAACCUAAGCUAAUGAAUAGCUAUAAUCUUAAAUUAUGCCUCUGACCCAAGAGCAAUGCAGGAAUCUUUGUGCAUGUGUUACGAUACACAUUUGCUAAAAUCAGCAGAUAGAGCUCAAAAGCAAUCUUAUAAGUAAAUGUCUCCCAUAAAUAUUGGAAGGGGCAUUUGAAUAUUGCUUGAUAGUAUGUGUUAGUUUGUUAUCUGACUCUGUUGGGGUCAGUUGGAGUCAGUGACUUAAUCCCCUGUAAGACUCUGUUAAAGAUUCCCUUAAAGUAUCUGUUCCUUUCCCAUGUGAUGCUCUCUGUGCUGCUCGAUAAAAGACGAAAACAAGUCCUUUGUUAGGGACAGACACAGACACACUGCUGCCAUUCAGAAGACUGCUUUCAGAUUCAGGCUAUACAACAGACAAACCUCGACGGAAGGCAUAGGGCGAGUGCAGUAGGGAACUCAAAUCUGGGCUCCUUGGGCUGAAGUGAGAGUUCAGAGGUUAAAGGCUUAGGAUCAAGCAAACCGGCCCCACUCUUGUAACAAUACGAGGGGAAGAACCUUGAUUUCUUUCUUCCACAUGACACUGGCUCAUCAUUAUUGCUGACUCUGAAUUUAAUGCUCAUGUGUCCAAACUGAUGCACUUAGACAUGAUAGCGAAGCAAACAUUUUAAAAUAUAUUUAGGAGCCUGGGGCUGUGGGCCAUCAAAGUUAAGUCUGACCUAGUCUUCAUUGGAAAUUGGUUCCUAGCCAGGAAUUAAGAUGGCAACCCUUGUGACCCGUAAAGAUAUCCCCCCGUGGGUGAAAGUUCCUGAAGACCUGAAAGAUCCAGAAGUAUUCCAAGUCCACACGCUGGUGCUAAAAUCUCUGUUUGGCCCACAGGGAUCUCGAAUGCCUCACAUCGAGCAGGUGAGCCGGGCCAUGUUUGAACUGAAGAUUCUGGAAUCUUCCGGACUUACGGAGGUCUUAAUUUAUGGCUCUUGCAACCACAAGCUUCGGGCUAAAUGGAUGCUUCAGACCAUGGCUGAGAGGUACCGCCUGCGCCAGGAAAGAGGAAUGCUCAAGCUGGAGGAAGCCAUGAAGACCCUGGAACUGGGCCAGUGUUUGGAGUGAAGCCAGUUUCCAGUCAGUAUGACUCCCACCUGCACACACACAGAUUGAGCCGUGGCUGGUGUUUGGUUCUGGCGUGGUUUUUAACUACGUUAUAUCCUUUAUAGUCUAACGAGAUAUUCCUGGAUCCCCGCUGUGACUUCUGAUGAGAAUAUCUCUUUUUCCAAGGCUGUUAUUUUAACGAAUAAAAUUUAAAUGAUUAAAAAAAUAUAUUUAGCAUGUGCUCUGUGUGUGUGUGUGUGUGUGUGUGUGUGUGUGUGUAUGCAUGAUGGAUCAAACUCAGGUUGGCACACACUUGUGCCAAGAAUUGGGCAUUGCCUUAUCAUCUCCUUUAUUUUUACUAGACUAUUCCUGUGGACCAUCUUCGCUCUGCUAUGUUUAAAAGUAAAACGUAUUAAAAUCCACAUAAAAUUAAGCUCCCUACCCAUUUGAAGUAUACGGAUGAGUAUUUUUAUGAUCCCCGCAUUAUUGUACAGACAGGUCUCCAGAAUGCUUUCAUGUUGCAAAAUGGAAACACCGUGCAGGCUGAACAACUUCACAGACGUCAAACAGCUUCCCAGAUCCCCCUUCAAGUGGCCAGAUUUUAACCUUCCUUUCUUCCUAUUGGACAUAGAUGGUACAAUUUGUGUGGCUUAUCCCCUGCUUAGGUAACCCGCACCAACAUCAUCCUAUUCUAAGUGAAAUUCUGUAUUUCUCAUUUUAUUCAUAGAUAAUUAUGCUGCAGAGUUGACCUGUGAUUAGCAUUCUGACACAAUCGUGUUUGAUUUGACCUGGGACCAGGACUACAGAAAACAUAGAAAGACUAUAGAGAAGUCAUCCACAGUGGUUAUCCUGCCAGGGACAGAAAUAGAAACAAACCACUUCAUGGUUGAAAAGCAACAAAAACUGCUGUAACUUAUCACCUUGAAAUGGGUCUGAACGCUCACGUUUUGUUUUUACUUUUUGUUGCUUGUGCAAGUGGGCGUGUAGAGAGCUUUGCAGAGUUUUAAGUCAGUUCUUUCUAUCAGACGGGGUCUGGGGAAUCACCAAGCAAGGCAGCAAGUUCCAUACUCACUGAAUCAUAUCAAGUGAGUCCUCACACAUUCCUUCAACUGACCACCAAGUUCUGACUGGGAUAGGAAACAGAAGGAACUGUGUCUAGAAAUUGUCUUAAGACUGUGAGACUUGAUGUGGAAACAAGCCCUGUUCCAAAGUCCUUGCAGAUGGCUCCCCUUCAUCAAAUGACAAGAAGACGAUCUCUGAGUCUUCAAUUCACUCCCUGAGUAGUGUUUUGUGUCUGUUUUGUCAGAUACUACUGACGUUCUGUGUUUGCCGCUGUCCUCAUCCUUACUGAUCUGGUGACAAUCCAUUAGUCAUGACAGUUGUAUCCCAACUGAUCAGCUAUGACAGCUUCUCUGUUGCCUCAGAACUGAAAGCCAAACCCUGCUUUGCUAAGUGAGAAACACAUUUCCAACUCGCCAGUCUUAUAUUAUGACUAAAAGUGACUUCAGCAUAGGACAGCAGUUUUCAACUUGUUGGUCAUGACCCCUUUGGGGAUCACGUAUCAAAUAUUUACAUUAUAAUUCACAAUGAUAACGUAAUUACAGUUGUGAAAUAGCAAUGGGAUACUUUCAUGGUCGGAGGUCAUCACAACAUGAAGAACUGCAUUAAAAGAUCUCAACAUUAGGAAGGUUGAGAACCACUGCUCUAGGCAAACACAUUUUUCUUGCUCCAGUCUUAGAAAUGAGAAUCAAGGCCUUAACAUCCUGCUGUCCCUAUUCCUUUAAGGGCAAUUAGAAACAAAGGAAGGAUGUGAGUAGAAUUCGGUUUUCAAAUUUGUGUAAGUUGGACAGGGUCACCACCUCUCUGUGUGAAGAGCUGGUACUCAGAUCUUAAUACCCGAAAUACCCGAAACACCUGAACUCAUUCCAGGAUCAAGAAGUGAAUGGGGAAUCAGGAGUGACUGGUAAAUGGGCAGAGUUGAGAAACUGGAUCGCAUCUGUUUAAUGUUAUUCCCCACAUCUUUAAGCUCCUAGAUCUUUGGUUCUAUGAGAUGGUUUAGUCUAUAAAACACUUGUUUUGCCAGCACGAGGAUCUGACUUUAGAUCCAGAGCACCCACAUGGACAAAAUGAGGUACCGCAGUAGGCUUCUGUGAUCCAAACACCAAAUGAAUGGGAGAAAGAAGGAGCAUGGGUGGGGUUUGCUGGCCAGCUAGUCUGGUUGAAUGACAGCUCCGGAUUCGUUUAGAGACAAGCCUCAAACAAUAAGGUGGGUGGGAGGAAGACACUCGAUUUGACUUUUGGCCUCCACAUGCAAAUGGAGGCCACACUUAAACACACAU